UUUUAGUAACUAUGUUUUUUUAAUCACUCGUUUGGCUAUAAAUAGGUGAAGGAGGAUAGACACUCCUCAACCCAAACAAAAGAAGUAAAAAGAAUCCAUAAUAUGGCUGUUCACAAACAAGUUAGUUUCCUUGCUUACCUACUACUUGUUCUUGGAUUAUUGCUACUUGUAAGCGCGGUGGAACAUGUUGAUGCCAAGCCUUGUACUAAAGAAUGUGGUCAUCUUGGGUUUGGGAUAUGCCCACGUUCACAAGGAAGUCCGCAAAAUCCCAUAUGCACCAAUUGCUGUUCAGGUUUUAAAGGUUGCAAUUAUUAUAGUAUUAAUGGGACUUUUAUUUGUGAAGGACAAUCUGACCCAAAAAAACCAAAAGCUUGCCCCUUAAAUUGUGAUCCAGAUAUUGCCUAUUCAAAGUGUCCCCGAUCAGGAGGAAAGACGUUUAUUUAUCCCACUGGAUGUACCACAUGUUGCACGGGAUACAAAGGUUGCUACUAUUUCGGUAAAGAUGGCAAGUUUGUUUGUGAAGGAGAGAGCGAUGAACCCAAGGCAUGUACCCUGGAAUGUGACCCUAGAGUUGCAUACAUGACUUGUCCAUCUUCUGGAUUGGCCAAACUUAGCCAAGUUUGUGUUAAUUGUUGCACUGCAGGAGAGGGUUGCAAACUCUAUGGAUAUGAUGGAUCUUUAAUUUGUACUGGAGAGCCUCAGAGCUAUAUAUCUACAGCAUAAGGCAUGCAUCAUCAAUAAUAUGUGUUGUACUUUUUAAUUUAUAAUGUAUGAAAUAAAAGGAUGACAUGCUAAUCACUAUAAUGUGGGCAUAAAAGUUGUGUUAUGUGUAACUACUUAUUAUUUGAAUAAAAGAAAAGGAUCAUCCAUAAUUAUAUUGAGGACUUGGCUCCUCUCUAUUGGUGAUCUCCUUUGGUCUUA